AUGGCUCACACACACGUCGCCGAUUUUUUGCCUUGCCCGUUGUGUCUGGAACUUCGUGAUCUUUUCCAAGACCCGACAACACCAUCACCAAAUUCCGCCCUCUACGACAACCACUCCGGCAAAAUGGGUCACCCAGCGGGUCUUCGCGCGGGAACGCGCUAUGCGUUCAGCAGAAACUUCCGUGAGAAGGGUAUGAUCAAGCUCUCCACGUACCUUCGCCAGUACAGAGUCGGAGAUAUCGUCGACAUCAAGACCAACGGUGCCGUCCAGAAGGGUAUGCCUCACAAGGUCUACCACGGCAAGACCGGUGUCAUCUACAACGUCACCAAGUCCGCCGUCGGUAUCAUCAUCUACAAGAAGGUGAAGCACCGCUACAUCGAGAAGCGCAUCAACAUCCGCGUCGAGCACAUCUCCCCCUCCCGUUCGAGAGACGACUUCAUCCGCCGUGUCAAGGAGAACGCCGCCCUGAAGAAGAAGGCCCAGGCCGAGGGCAAGGCCCUCACCCUCAAGCGCCUCCCCCUCAUGCCCCGUGAGGCCCGCACCGUCGACUUCAAGGAGAACAAGCCCCAGACGGUCACCCCUCUCCCCUACGAGACGACGAUUUAG